UGUAUAGGAAAUUUUUUUAUUUUGUUUUAAAAUUUUUGUUAGUGUUCCAAAAAAUGGCUUUCAUUAUUUCUCUAAGAGAGUAAAAUUUAAUAAAAAAAAUGUGUAUAACCUGUUGAGUGUUGACAACAUAAAUUUCAGAAAGAAUGGAUUGGUCGUCUAAUCUCACAUUUAAAGAGUUAACGGAUUUUCUGCAACGACUUGUUAAAGCCGACAAAUCCGCAAGAUUUCGACAUGUUCAAAGAUUUCUUCAACAUUGUCGACACCUUGCUGACAAAAUUCAGAACCCAGCUGAGACAAAGAACUCUCUGUUUCCUGUUUUAAGAUUAUUAGUCCCUCAGCUGGAUAAAGAGAGAGGAGCGUAUAAGAUGAAGGAGACAGCUCUAGCUGGGAUGUAUAUUGAGUUCCUACAGCUAGGAAAGAAUUCUGCAGAUGCUCUUAAACUGAAGAAUUAUAAAGUUCCUACAGCUGUACAGGAUGAUGCUGGAGAUUUCGCGUCUGUCCUCUACACUGUGAUGCAGCAGCGCUGCUAUAAAUCUACAGAUAUAUCCUGCUCAGAGAUCAAUCAGAAGCUAGAUCAGAUUGUCAGACUGAACAAUAACGAGGGUCGGAGGGAGGUGGCGGGAGUAUUCAAAGACUUGUUUCUUCGGAUGGACGCCUUGCAGCAGAAGUGGUUGAUCAGGAUUAUACUCAAGGAGAUGAAGAUCUCCAUGGGGAACAACUCAGUACUCUCAGCUCUACAUAGGGAUGCAAAGGAGUUGUACGAAGUAAAUUCAAAUCUUAGAAAGGUUUGUGAACUCCUUCAUGAUCCUGAGGUUCGGAUGAACGAGAUUCAGAUUCAAAUAUUUUCUCCCUUCAAACCUCAGUUAGCAGAUAGGGUUGCUAUAUCUAAACUUAAUCUCAUAAUAAAGGGCAAGGAAUGUUACAUCGAGACAAAGUAUGACGGAGAACGAAUGCAGGCCCACAUGGAGGACGGCAGGUUCAAGUUCUUCUCCAGGAACGGAUCCGACUUCACGGACGAGUUUGGACAUUCAGCUUCGGAUAAGGAUAAGUUCUCAUCCUUCCUAGCAUCUAGUCUAUGCCCGGAGGUCAAGUCUGUUAUCCUUGACGGAGAAAUAUGUGCCUGGAAUCAUCAAACUCAAACUAUUAUCCAGAAAAGUCAACAAAAUAAUAUUCGAAAUAUUAAAACCGAUCAUCGAAACUUACAACAAUGUCUCGUUAUCUACGAUAUCUGCUAUUUAAACGGUCAGGUUUUAACGAACACCCCGUUUUCUGAACGGAUAAAAAUAUACGAAAGAAUUGUUCGUCCAAUGCCAGGACGAAUUCAACUCUCGCAUCGAAUGAUCGUAAGAUCAAAAUCUGAAGUUAUCGAAGCUCUAAACGAUGCAAUUGAUAACCGCGAGGAAGGUUUAGUUCUAAAAGAUCCUCUGAGUACAUAUAAACCUAACGCCAGGUCUGGAAGUGGGUGGAUUAAACUAAAACCUGAUUAUGAAAACCAACUCAUGGAUCAAAUAGACCUUCUAGUUCUUGGUGGAUAUUUCGGGUCCGGGAAGGGUGGAGGAAAAAUAACUCAUUUUCUCAUGGGUUUAUCGGAUAGAUCAGGGGACACCGAGAAAUUUGUCACUUUCUGUCGGGUCUCAUCCGGGUUUUCUGCGGCAGACAUUGAAGAUAUGGUCGGCAGAUGUGGGAAACAAUUGAAAACUCCGACUAGCAAUAUAAACUGUGGAAGAGAUAAACCAAAUGUAUGGUUUGAUCCCAGAUCCUCUCCAGUCCUUCAAGUGAAUGCUGCCGAGAUUACAAGAUCGGAGUCCUACAGUGCAGGUUGUACCCUCCGGUUUCCUAGGGUGGAACGCUUAAGAGAAGAUAAGGAUUACUCUAACUGUACAACUCUACAGGAGAUAAUCAAACUUAGAGAAAUGGGGGACGGGAAACUUUGCAACGGAGUACGUCUGAUUGAUUCUGAAGUAGAAACUCCCAGGAAACGGAUAAAAAUCUCCUCAAAACCAACCCUUGGCUCCGAGUAUAAACAUAUCGACUACAGCAACGAGAGGAUUGAGACGUUUCAUCUCAAGGAUAAGAUUAUAGUUGUGGAGCCGAGUAAUGAUGUUGAACUGAAGCAUAAGUUGGAGAGGAUUGUUGUGAAGCAUGGAGGUAGGGUGGAGCAAAACUUCAAGGCAGGACGAACUUUCUGCUUUAUCCAGACUGCUGGAACAGUUAAAGCAAAGAAUAUUAUUGGUGAGGGUUCAGUUGAUGUUGUUAAAUCCUCCUGGAUUCUAGACUGUGAAACCACAUUCAGGAUGUUCGGACCCCAUGAUACUGUAUUUGCAACAGAGAAAACUAAAUCUAAGUGGAAGACCGAGUACGACGAGUUUGGGGAUUCUUAUCAUGAUCUCGCCACCGUGCAAUCUUUAACCCUUAGCAUGGACGCUGUCGCUAAAAAAGGUUCAACGGACUCCUUGGAUCUUGAAGAGCUUGAGUCAUAUCUCCAGGACUUUAAAUAUUUUUUGUUCCGAGGGUUGAGACUAUACCUCGAGUACGGAGAGAAGGAGGAGGAUAAGAGAACCUUGGAUACAGCUCUAGUCAGGUUCUACGGAGCUAGCGUAGUGCAUGGGAAUUCUAUCCUGGAGCAGGAUGAGUCUAGCCAGGAGCAGGAUGAGUCCGGCCUGGAGAAGGGCAGUCCGGAGCAGGUUUUAGGAAACGUUAGUCAUGUAGUUUUCUUCAAUCCUGCACCAGACAUCAUUCACAAAUACAAGAGAAUUCGUCGUGAUAUUAACGCUGGAACAGAAAGAUUAUUCCACUUAGUAAUUUCGGAUUGGAUUUCUGAAUCUAUAUCCGCUGGAAGGUUACUCCCGGAGAAGGACUUUUAUCCUGAACCUUAAUAGUGAUAUAAAAUGUGAUCAUAAAAGUUUUAAAAUUAUAUUGUGGUAAAUUUGAAUAAAGUGUGAUUUUUUGUUA